CCUUUAUUGACCACACGACGCUGCCGUCAGUGCGAUAUUAGAAUCUGAAUAUUCACUUCAAUCAUUUUCAAUAUUCAGUCAUCAGAAAUUCUAGAUUCAUUCGCCUGUAAUUAAUGUCAAUGAUUUCACUCAUGAUCAGAUCAAUUAAAUUAUUUUUAUAGUAUAAGUGCCAAUGAACAAUAUCACCUUUUUAAUUUCAAUACCUAUAUGAACUUUAGAAAAGGAAGAAAUCAAUAAAUUAUAUAUGGUAAUUUAUGACGUUGCUCUAUUGAAUCUAUCACCAUGACCGAGUUCAGUAUGGAAUAUGAUGAAAAAAUAAAGCAGAAAAAAUUGAAGAAAAGGGAGGCUAAAGUGUGUAAUAUCAUUAAAGGAUUUCUAUUAAGUAUGUUCUUUUGGUUGAGAUAUUACUUCGAUAUGUUCAUCGAUAAGCUGUUUGGAAUCUUCAGUGAAUCAAAAAAGCAGCGAGUAUGUUCAGCAGACAAUCCUAUUAUUCUAGACAGUGCCACCACUAUAGCUAAAAAGAUAAGAAAAAGGGAAGUCAAAGUUGAGGAAGUAGUAAAAGCUUUCAUAGGUAGAAUAAGGGAAGUGAACCCUAUUCUGAACGCUGUAGUAGAUAAUAGAUUCAAAGAAGCAAUUGAAGAAGCCAAAAAAAUUGAUAAACAAAUAGAGAUUGGGGAAAUAACAGACCUUGAUUUUCAGGAAAAACCAUUUUUAGGUGUACCAUUCACUUCUAAGGAAAGCACCGCAGCAGAAGGUUUGUCAUAUACAUUUGGAAUAUUUGCUCGCAAAGAUAGAAAAGCGAAAGAAGAUGCCGAAAUUGUUAGACUAAUGAAAAAUGCUGGAGGGAUACUUUUAGGUGUCACAAAUAUUCCUCAGUUAAAUAUGUGGCAAGAGACUAUGAAUCCAAUAUAUGGCCUGACGAGGAAUCCCUAUAACACUACCAGAAAUGUUGGAGGCUCCUCUGGAGGUGAGGGAAGCAUAAUAGCUGCUGGAGGAUCCCCUAUUGGACUUGGUACUGACAUCGGAGGAUCUUUGAGAAUACCUGCCUUUAUGUGUGGAAUCUACGGCCAUAAACCUACCUGCAACUUGAUAAAUACCAGAGGCAUGACAUUCAGAACCGGUAAAGAGAAAGACACCAUGGUAGUUCCUGGGCCUAUGACCAGAUAUGCAGAAGAUAUAAUUCCACUCCUGAAAGUAUUAUUGGAUGAUAAUGUUUCUAAAUUGAACUUGGAAAAACCAGUAGAUUUCGAAAGCAUCAAUGUGUAUUAUAUCGAUGAUCCCCAAGAUCCAACCAUAAGUGCCAUGAGACAGGAAAUGAAGGACUGCUUUAAAAAGGUAGUUGACUUUUUCGAAGAAACUCUACCACAGAAACCUAGAAGAGUGGAAUUCAAAGGAACGCAAUAUGGUGGAAAACUAUGGAGAUACUCUAUGGGCCAAGAACCGAAUGCUAAUUUUGUCAGAGACUUGACCGAUAGACAAACAGAACUCAAUCCUAUCGUUGAAAUUGCCAAGUAUGCUUGCUUCAAUAGAGAUUUCUCUUUGUCUUCUAUUUUCAACAUGGUCAAUAAACUUCUACCAGCUGAAAAAGAAGAGUGGGCUGCUGCAGAAAUAAAAACACUAAGAAGGCAAAUACUGGAUAAACUAGGAGAUGAUGGAGUGUUAUUGUAUCCUUCCGCACCAUGGCCUGCCAGUUAUCAUUACACAGCAUUUCUCCGACCGUGGAACUUCAAUCUUUUCGCAAUUUGGAAUGCAAUGAAACUACCAGUUACACAGGUACCUCUUGGAUUGAGCUCCGAAGGACUACCCCUGGGUAUCCAAGUAGUGGCAGCCCCGUACAACGAUAGACUAACGAUUGCUGUAGCCAAACGUCUGGAAAAGCAAUUUGGUGGAUAUGUGCCUCCGUUUAAAGUGGAAGAGCUUUGAAUCUGUAUCUUAGAAAAUAUCAGGAAUAUUUAUAUCUUAGAAAAUAUCAGGAUAUUUAUUUAUAUCUCAAUUUGAAGGUCGUUAUAACUUCAAGAUAGGAUUAUUCAAGUCAAAAUACAAGAGAAGAAUGAGCGUUAUCAAAAACUUCAUGCUAGACCAAAAAAAAAGUAGACGUUUCAAGUUACGAUCUUCGAUUUUGAGGGACGAUUUGUACGUAUGAUCACAGGAUGUGAACAUUUCAUUAGCUAUUUCAUCAGUUCUGAAAAAGGUGUGCUAAUGACGCAUUCAUGUUCAAAUCUGUCAUAGCAAGGCGAUGGGACUUAGAUUCAAACAUUUUUUGUUUAUUUUUGCAUACUUACAUAUUUUGACUAGAGGAAUUCAAGCUCGAAGUUGUGAUCUAUUUUAGAGAAUUUCUGCUUUUAAUAGUUGUUACAUGGUUUUUUAAUUGUUUUCAUCAACCUUCAUUGAAUUGAUGGUUUAUCAAGUGCUUUAGGGUUUUCUAUGCAAUGGCUGUGGUCUGGGUAUUCAAACUAAUGUGAUAGAUUGAAUUUAUUUUAUUAAAGGAAUCAAUAAAGAUAUUUAGAUAUUUAAA